UUUUAUUUAUAAAAUGUGAAAUAGCUGUCACGGUCGUUUGAUCCCAAAAAUAUUUCGGAUAUAUCUAUUUUUAGCACGAAAAACAAGCGUCUGCCAUUAAAUUAUAUUCUGUAAGUUAAUUUAGAUUUUAUGCAAAAUCUUACAUACAAACCACCGCCAUCUAUUUAUUUUUGGUCGGCCUUCGUUGAAAUAAUAAACUAAUCAAAUAACAAUAAAAACAUUUCAUCUCCAAUGCCAGCCAGUUCUAUGCAAGCCACAUCCAUUAUCUCCACAUCCUGGCAGCCAUCAGUAAGCUAAUGCAGUAACUUAAGAGUUUGGUAGCUCGCGACCAUUUGAGACGAGUCAAUAUUAGCCGAUCCCCCGAUUUGGUGAGCACUCAAUAUACUGUGCGAAUGUUGCAGAUGACGGACUAUUCAGAUGUUACAUAGAUACCGUACGAAGAAAGAUGCUCUGGAAAAUGCAUUAUAUGACUAAAAUAUAUUUUUUUAAUUUGUGGAAAUAAUUAUGUUCAGGUUGGGUGGUGAAUAAUACUAAUGUAAACGCGGAAGUGUGUUGUUCUGGAGGAUGUUUGUAGUAACUCCUUUUUAUUAAAUUAUAAUGUUUUUAAAGGAAAUUGCUCUUGCAGUUGCAAAUUUGAUCUUUGUAUCGCGAAUUUUCCGCGCGAAGGGGUCAUUUAGCUCAGAUGCACUAAGAACCCAAAUAUUGAACAUAAAAUAAUUAUAAUUAAAUUUCAAUCAUCAACCCAAAGACAAAACAAUCUUAACAAAACUUCUACAAAUUCUAGAACCCAAAAUAUUGCUACAUAGGUACAAGAAAACUUCAAUCAAUAAAAGACAACGUCAAGCUCACUUGUCAAAAUCCAAAUUCUGUUUGGUUUAUAUAUUAUUUUUACAAAUACAACAAGUAUUCAACCAAACUUAUUAAAGAAGAAUCAUUCAGAAGAAGGUUCGUUUCAUGAUCUCCAGAACUACAUCUAGAAGAAACGUGGAACCAGUUUGACAGCAUCCAAGACUUGUUUGUGUACCAAGACGGAUCUUAAACCAUUUUUCCUUAUAAUGAAGGCUGCAUGCAUAGUCCUAACAGUUCUCAUAUUCAUUGCCAUAAUGGCUGUUUGUGUGAUGGUGAAGUUUGCCACGGACAUUACUGUGGAGGAGAGGAAACGAGAGCAUAUGCCUGGAGGGGCGGUGGGGGGUGGUGGGGGCGUGUACCACUAUACCAAGUCCAUGGGGGUCAUAACCCUGAAUGAUAACUCGUCGCUUCCCAUCGCUGAAAGGUUUCCGUACGUCGCUGCUAUCACCAGAAACUCCUCAGCGUUGUGGUCGUUUGCCUGUUUUGCUAGCGUCGUACUUAUAAAAUGGGUGAUCACUUCAGCUCAUUGCAGACGUCCCGGCGCGACCCACAGGAUCCUUCUCUUCCACGACUUCGCGCGCAACUACACACACACCUACCCCAUCCUAUUCUGGCGACUCCACGAGAAAUUCAACAUGACGAACCCCACGCCACGACACGACAUCGCCGUCGCGAAACUCAACGUGGACUUCUACCCCCUGACCAUGAAAGCAUCAGUCUUCGACGAGAAGAAAGUGACAGCCGUCGAAGCGAGCAUCUGGAAGACAGUCUCAACUAUGGACAAAAAACUUUACCUCACAAAUGACUUUGACAAAUAUGAAGUGAAGAUAAUUAACUCUGUGCGAUGCUUUGAGAGCUAUGGCGUGGAGCUGGACGAGAGUAUGAUGUGUAUAGACAUGUCUGAUUACGAAGACUGUUUUGUGCAUGAGUUUGGACCGAUAUAUAAUGGGGAUAAAGUGGUUGGGAUCCUGGCAGCGAAGCCGAGGGACUGCGAUAUGAAGCUCGCGAUAUUCACGAAUAUCUCGUACUACACAAACUGGAUCCUGCGCUCCACGCACACCACGUACUACGGAUGAUACUUUGGUUGUUUUGUUUAUUAGUUUAGUGAUCGUUUCUUAAGAAGUCACAGUGUCGACAUUUUGUAUGUCUUUUAAGUUUUAAAUUCUAAAGUUUUGCCCGUUUGUUGUGUUUCUUGCCUUACCCUGGUGACUUGUAAUGUUAAGCGUGCUGACUGCUAUCAUACUGUGUCUUUAUAUCCUACAUUAGGGAAUAUACUGUCUUAUAUUCAUUAAAUCGUGUCUAUGCAA